AUGCAGCAGUUCUGGUGGGAGGUGGAGAGCCCGGCGGAGCGGUGGCUGCUGGCAGCGCUAGGCUGCGGCUUGGGGGGCCUGGGGCUGGUGCUGGCGCUGGUGCUGCGCUGCGUGCAGCUACCCUAUGGCCGCUACGCCUCGCCGUCUUUCGGGCCCGGCCUGCCUGCCCGCGCCGCCUGGUUCGUGCAGGAGCUGCCUGCGCUCCUUGUGCCGCUCGUCCUCAGCAGCGGCGCCGCCCGCCUGCACCACAGUCCCAACCGCGUCUUGCUGGGUCUCUUCCUGAUGCACUACCUGCACAGGGCACUCAUCUUUCCUUUCUUGAUUCGUGGAGGAAAGCCAACACCACUCAUAACUUUUUUACUAGCAUUUAUUUUUUGUCUCUUUAAUGGGUAUUUACAAGGUCGGAGCUUAAGUAAUUAUGCAGAAUACCCUUCUGACUGGUUGAAACAUCCUUGUUUCAUUGCAGGAUUUGCAGGAUGGCUGAUUGGUAUGGUAAUCAAUAUUCAUUCUGACCACAUCCUCAGAAGUCUGAGAAAACCAGGGGAAACUGGUUACAAAAUACCAAAAAGAGGGAUGUUUGAAUAUGUAACCGGAGCCAAUUUUUUUGGCGAGAUCCUCGAGUGGUUUGGAUUUGCUCUGGCCUGCUGCACCAUUGAAAGUGCUGGUUUUGCUAUGUGCACACUCUUCAUUCUAGCUUCUCGGGCAAGGCAGCACCAUGAGUGGUACUUGGAAAAAUUUGAAGACUACCCCAAAUCCAGGAAAAUUGUAAUUCCUUUUCUGUAUUGAGCUGUGCCUCGUAUCCACCUAGCUUUGAAUGAUGGUGACUGCUGUUCUGAAAGUGUUCAGUUCCUAGUCGGUACAUCACAAGUGUCAUCCAGAUGGAUUUCUUUGAAUACUAGUAUAUAAAGGCUGCAUUUUAUGCUACUUUUGGCUUCCUAAUGGGUAAAAUACAGCUGAGUGGCAAGGAGGUGACAUGAGAAAAGACAGCCCCAGUUUUCCUGGAAACAGCACAGUGCAAUAAAUAAUAUGGCAAGAGCAUCCUGAUCCUUGUCAUUGGAACUAGCUUACUACAAUGGUGCCCAUCUCUCUCGUCUUUCUACCUGCUGGUUCAGCUUUAGUUAAGUAUGCUACUUCCAGAAUGCCAGGAUGAGCUACUUGCAUUGCACUGUUUGGAUGCAGUAUUCAUGCAUUAGGCAGCCAUACAACAAUAGACUUUUGUUCAGAAUUAUGGCUACCCUGUAGACCAA